AUGGCGGUGGAGAAGGGGGCGGAUCUGGACGAGCUGUUCGGCUUCUUGUCCGAUACGGGGAGUGGUGGGGAUGAGGGGCCGGGCGGCGGAGGAGUCGGGAAAGACGAGCUGGACUUUGUGGACAGCAUCAACCAAGACCUAGACACGAUGAUCGGCAGCGAGGUCAGCGGUGGCAGCGCUCCGCCGCAGAAGGAAGCUGCUGGUGGAGUGCAGAGCAAGAAGACUACCGGGAAGAAGGCAGGGCCGUCAGCUAAAGUUCAGCCCAAGGCGGACAAGACGAAAGCCAAGAGCAAAUUCAAGUGGAAGAAAUAG